AUGCAUCACAGAGAACAAAGAAUAACUUAAAGAGCUUUUUCUUCUACUUCUCCAACUACUCCAACCAUGAGUAAUGCUUAUGCAUCAGCAAUGAAAAAUAUGCAAGAUAAAUUAAAAUAGGAUGGCAUACGAAAAUCAAUUGAUAUAUCACCAUAAGAUAUAAUAAUAGAACAUCUUAAGCAAUAAAUAAGUGAAUUAUCUGGAGAAAAGGAAAGACUGCAAUUUCAAUUGUCUAAAAUCUAAUAAGAGUUUGAAAUGAAUAACAAGGCAUCUUAAUAAAUAGAAUAAUUACAAGUAGAGAGACUUCAGCAUUUAAAAGAUUAUUAAGAUCGUGUAUCAGAACUAAUAAGAAAGAAUGAAGAACUUAAACAUGAUAAACAUGAGCUAUAAUCAUCAAAUGAGUAUCUUUAACGACAAUUAUAAGCAUAUAAAAAUAAUGAAAAGGGUCUAUUACACAAGGCAGAAUUAAAAAAGUUUGAAGAAAAUUCAACUCUUUUGAAUACUAUUUAAGAGUAUAAAUAAAAGUUGGAAUAUAAAGAUUCAAUAAUAUGUAAUCUAGAGAGUAGGAUUGAUUAUUUAGAUAAGGAAUUAUAGCAUAUUUAAAAGGAAUAUGAUAAUUAUAAACAAUAGCAUCCAUAAAUUAGGUUGAAUGAAUUUGAAAAACAAAUUAAUAAUUUAAGAUACUAAUUAGAUGAAAAAGAUCGUGUAUAUUAUAAAAGUAUUGAUGAAGUUUAAACAAAUAGAAUAUGUAGAGAAGAAUAGAUGGCUAAGCGUAUUUAAGAAUUAGUAGUGAAAACUUUGGAAUAUUAGGAUAUAAUAUAAUAACUAACCUUAGAUUAUAAAGAUUUAAAUAUGAAAUAUUAAUCAAUUCGUAUCAAAUUUGAUUAGGAAGAUAGAAAUUAGAGAUAAUUUAAGUAAGAUUUUGAAGAAUCAUAUUAUAAUUAAGGAUAUAAGAAUUAAAAAACUGUAAAUAAAUUAAACUUGGAUUAAAUUUUACCAACAUACUUUAGUCCUAGAAUAAAUGAGAAUACAAGAUAAAGUUAAUUAAAAUAAGUAAUUAGAGAUUGUUUAGAGGAUAUGAAAAAUACAGGUUAAAGUCCUGAAAAAAAGAAUGUUGCUAAAAAAAGAUUAACAUCACCUUUAUCACCUUAAUAAUAAAAUGAAAUUGAAAUAAAAUUAAAGUUUUUAAAUGAAAGAUAUGAAACACUCAUACGAUAAGCAUAAUAAGAAAAUGAUAUGAAAUGUAAAGCAAAUAUAAGAAAAUAGCUUCUUGAAAUUGCAUAAUAGAUAAAAGAAGCUACCAAAAUUAAUAAAAUAAUUUGA